AUGGGGGAUGCGGGCAGAAUGGAGUUGGAGUGCACCAUGGACGAGCAGGACGUCGUGGUGCUGGACACGGGGUCCGGCUUUCUGAAAGUUGGCUUCUCCGGUGAAGAUGCACCACGAGCAGUGCUCCCAACUGCAAUGGCGACUGCCACGGCCGAUGAAUCCAGGGAAGACGAGGCUGCAGUCACAGGAGAUUCUGCAGCACAGAAAAAGAGUCAAGUCUUCUACGGUGAGGAAGCCAUCCUGCAGGAAAACGCGCAAAUCACACGUCCGGUGCAGCGUGGCGAGAUCCAGCUAACGCAGCCGGAGAAGGAAGCAAUGGAAAACCUCCUCGAGCACGUGUUCAGAAACGUGCUGGGCGUUGAGCAAGAGGAUUUGCCCUGCCUCAUUGCGGACACCAUGCCUCUUGGUCAGAGUUCCUACGCCACACGCCAGUGGAUAGCGGAGGUGAUGUUCGAGAAGAUCAAGGUAAAGUCCUUGGCCAUCUUCAACACGGCAGCCCUAAGCUUGUUCUCUACGGGGCGCACCAGAGGACUGGUUCUGGAGAGUGGUGAGGGCAUCACCCAGGCUGUUCCGGUUUUCGAGGGGUACGCGAUACCUCACGCGAUCUUCAAGAUGAAGGUCGCUGGGCACGAUAUUACGCAACGCCUCCAGAGUAUGAUGGCUGAAGAGCUUGGGACAAAGCAGAGCCAUCACACUAUGCAGGCCAUGAAGGAGAAAGUCUGCUUCGUGGCACCCUCCGGGAGUGGUGGCAUCCCGGCCGACGCGCCCGACAGCGGGGACGAGGAAGCGAGGUCUUUCGAAUUGCCGGAUGGGCAGAUCAUCCAGGUCAAGGAGAAAAUCCGGACUGGGGCCACGGAGAUCCUCUUUGGUGGUGAGGGGGAGGCAUCCAUGCAGAAGAUCUGCUUGGAUGCCAUCAACACAGUGGAUCUAGAUUUCCGACAGGACCUGGUGAAGAGCGUGGUGGUCGCAGGCGGCACUUCGAUGCUUUUGAACUUGGCGCCAAGGCUGAGAUCGGAGCUCAAGAGCACGCUGGCAUCGGAGCUGUCCAAGACAGUGGAGGUCAUCAGUGACUCUCAACGCCGCUUCGCUGCCUGGAUCGGCGGCUCCAUGUUCGCGUCGCUGUCCACCUUUGACCAGGUGGCCAUCACCAAACAGGAGUACGAAGAGGGGAAGUCCGACGUGCGCAACCUUGUGGCGCGGAAGACCUUCUGA